CGUGCAUGCAACCACAAAAGCUUGAGUAAAUCUCGUUGGACCGCGCAUUUCUGACUUUCCGUCCGUGUGCGCAAGGAAAAGUGCCACACCCGUCUCUCGCGCGCGGUCAUCCAGUCCUCUCCCACCACUGGCCCGCGCGCGUCGCUCACGCCCGCCCAUCCCCUGGAGGCUGGAGCAACCACACCAAGCCAACCCUCCUCGCGCCCUUCCUAUUUCGCCAUGCCAUCUCCCACCACCGACCCACCUCCCCUCUCCUCUCCCCUCCUCCGGCUCCCGGCGGCUCCGCUCGACCCCGCACCACAAGACUGAACCGCACCCGCAACGCGGUUUUGGCAUCCAUAUCCCCGCCCUGCGGCACCACCAAGGGCGCGCGGCCGACAAACGAGGAGCAGGAGGAGAUCGGGGAGCGGUGAGGCCGCACAGCGGCGUGCGUGACCCCUGCUGCCGGCCAUGCUGCAGCGCGCGGCGAGCAAUGCCUACUCCUGGUGGUGGGCGUCCCACAUCCGCACCAGCCAGUCCAAGUGGCUCGACACCACCCUCCAUGAGAUGGAGGAUAGGCUCAAGGUCACGAUCAAGCUCAUUGAAGCGGAUGCCGACACGUUCGGCAAGAAGGCCGAACUCUACUUCAGGAGCCGGCCGGAGCUCAUCAGCAACGUGGAGGACAUGUUCAAAUCCUACCAGGCGCUGGCCGACCGGUAUGACCGGAUAUCCUGUGAGCUGCACAAGGCCAACCACACCAUUGCCACCGUCUUCCCGGACCACGUCCAGUUAUCCAUGCAAGAAGGCGACGUCGACGGAUUACCAAAGGCACUCACCAGCAUUGAUCUCAUCAACUACAAAUUCCCUGCGCUGGAAGGUUUGCCCAUGGGCUCACGGGUCACAAGCCGAGGAACUAGCCCCGUUCCAAAGAGGACCCAGACACACCGAAGAGUGGCCUCCCACAUGAACAAGGACAAGGCACUGGAGGAGAUCGACAAGAUGCAGAAGCAAAUCCUGGUGCUGCAGACUGAGAAGGAGUUCUUGAAGACCUCUUAUGACAGUGCGCUAGGCAAGUAUCUAGACAUUGAGAGGAAGGUGGCCGAGUUGCAGGAGGAAGUUUGCUGCUUGCAAGAUACUUUUAGCACUGGCUCGGACAUUGAAGACAACGAAGCCCGAGCACUGAUGGCCGCGCGAGCCAUUAUGUCUUGUGAGCAUACAUUGGUUAACUUGCAGGACCAGCAAAAGAGAUCAUCGGUUGAGGCGAGGACGGAAUUUCAAAGAUUCAUCGACGCAAGGGAGAAGCUGAAAACCUUCAAGGAUGAGUGUGGUCAGCCACAGACGCAAAUUGACGGGACUGAUCAAGUUGAUACAGGACUUGGCCCAGCACUGCGGUCUGUGGAUGGUGAUGAUUCUGUUCUGACCGAGGUUAAACUUGACUUGCAGGAAGUAUGUCAGAAAUUCAAAGAACUAAUUGAAUGGCAUCCCGAGGUAUCAGUGGCAGACAUAGCUGAAAAGGUUGAUCAACUUGUGGAGAAGGUAAUCAACUUGGAGCUUGCUAGUACUUCGCAGAAUGCUCAGAUCGAUAGAAUGAAGACCGAGUUAGAUGAAUUGCACAAGCGCCUACGUGCCUUGGAAGAAGAGAAGGCGGCUUUGGUUGUUGAUUCCAGUAAGUUAGCAGACAAAUUGAAGCAAGUUGAAGGGGUGCUGCAAGUUGUCCAACAAAUUGGUAGGUCCAUACAAUAUGGUGCAGAGAAUAUUUAUAAAGAAAUAACUGAUGCCUGCAGUGAACUUACUGAGUUUGUAGAAACAUUGCACUCCCCUGAACGCCAAAUCUUUUCAUCCGACAAGGGCUCGCAUGGUCUUUUGGGUCGGCAACAACUUGUUGCAAAUGGAUCUGAAGGUGUGGAUAGUAGUUUAUUAGAAGAUUAUGAAUCGGUCCUUCAAAGCUACAAAGAUACAGAGCAACAACUUUCAGAAUUCGAGAAUAAAAAUCAGAAGUAUCAUAUUGAGGCAAUGUCAGAGCUGAAGGAAUUGAAGAGUGCCAAUACGAUGAAAGAUGAAGAGAUUCACUCUCUUCGGCGCAUACUAAGUUCUUUGCAGAGAAAGAUGAAUGCUUCUGAUCCUGAGUACGUGGAAAAGUCUGAAGAAACGUCCAAAGUUGAAGAACCCCUUCCGUAUUCAGCCGUGGAGGAAAAAUUUAGGGCAGAGAUCGAAAAGGUAUUGGAGCAGAACAUGGACUUCUGGUUGAGGUUUAGCACAUCGUACCAUCAAAUAAGGAAUUUCCAAUCAGCAUUUGACAAGUUAAAAGCCGAGAUGACUAAGUUGACUGAUGCACAGGCACAAGGAGCUGCAGACGGAUUUCCUACUAAUCAUCAGGUCGCAAAGCUGGAGUCAGCUGUUUUAGAAAAGAAAUUUCGGGAUUUGAAUACAGACCUUCAAGUUUGGAUGGAAAAGAAUGUGCUAUUAAAAGGAGAGCUGGAGAACAGGUUCUCUUCAUUGUGCAGCAUCCAAGAGGAUAUAUCAAAGAUCACAAUUCUUGAUAAAGGUUGUGAUGAAGAUCACUUCAGCUGUUUCCAAGCUGCAAAAUUUCAAGGAGAGGUGCUUAAUAUGAAACAAGAGAACAACAAAGUUGCUAAAGAGCUAGAAGCUGGACUGGACCAUGUAAGAGGUCUCCAAGUGGAGGUUGGUAGGGUGCUCUUGAAUCUCAGAGAGAAUCUUGAACUAUCUAUAGCAAGAAGUAAUCGAGCUCAACAGAACUUUCGAGCCCUGUCAACAAAAGCUGGGGUUCCCCUUAGAACUUUCCUAUUUGGUGCGAAGCCGAAGAAACCAUCACUCUUUUCAUGCAUGGGUCCUGGGAUGCAUAAGCAGUACGGUAGCUCGAAGCAUGGUCGUAGAUGAGAAUUGUUGGAUUAUCAGCUAUCUGUCUCUUGAUGUCAAAUACAGAAGAGAUCUCAAUGUAGCUCUCAGUUGAUUUAUGCUACCUGUAUUUACCUUAGCCCUUAAAUGUAAAAUUGGCUCACGAUUAAAUUUAUUCUGCAUUGACCUUUA